AUGGCAACCGGAGACAAAACAAUUACAUAUAACUGUUGUGCAGCUCAGUUAUUUUUCGCCUUCCUUCUUGGUGCAUCUGAAUUCUAUCUCCUGGCCAUCAUGUCUUAUGAUCGUUAUGUUGCCAUCUGUAAGCCUCUGCAUUAUACAACUAUCAUGAACAGUAAAAUCUGUAUCCAGCUGGUCCUCGGCUCUUGGAUGGCCGGUUUCCUUAUCAUUUUUCCAGGACUCAUCUUAGGCUUAGGCCUGGAUUUCUGUGAUUCCAAUAUCAUUGACCAUUUCUACUGUGACACUGCUCCUCUCCUGCAAAUCUCUUGCACAGAUACACAUUUGCUGGAAAUGAUGAGUUUCAUUCUAGCUUUGGUGACACUCCUGGUCACCUUGGUAUUAGUGAUUCUAUCAUAUACAUAUAUCGCCCUAACAAUUUUAAAAAUCCCUUCUGCCAACCAGAGAAAAAAGGCUUUUUCUACUUGUUCCUCCCACAUGAUUGUCAUUUCCCUCUCAUAUGGCAGCUGCAUCUUCAUGUACAUUAAACCUUCAGCCAAACAGAGAAUAUAUUUAAUGAAGGGAGUUUCAGUGGUCAAUACUUCGGUGGCUCCACUUUUGAACCCCUUCAUUUACACUCUAAGGAACCAGCAAGUGAAACAAGCAUUUAAGAACUUGUUACAAAGAGUUCUGUCUUUAUCAAAGAAAUAG